CCGUUUGUGCGCGUGCGUUACGGCCGGUCUUGGGCGGGGAGGGGGGGUGGAUUAGUUGACCGCGGCUAUGGCGGCUCGCUAUGACCGAGCCAUCACUGUGUUCUCUCCAGACGGACAUCUCUUUCAAGUGGAAUACGCGCAAGAGGCCGUGAAGAAAGGCUCGACAGCGGUUGGGAUUCGAGGUAAAGAUAUAGUUGUUCUUGGUGUGGAGAAAAAGUCUGUUGCAAAACUUCAGGAGGAGAGAACAGUGAGAAAAAUCUGUGCACUUGAUGACCAUGUCUGCAUGGCAUUUGCAGGUCUAACAGCUGAUGCUCGAAUAGUAAUUAACCGAGCCAGGGUGGAGUGUCAGAGCCACAAACUUACUGUAGAGGAUCCAGUGACUGUAGAAUACAUAACGCGUUACAUUGCAACUUUGAAGCAGCGUUACACCCAAAGCAAUGGCCGAAGACCAUUUGGAAUUUCUGCUUUGAUAGUGGGAUUUGAUUAUGAUGGCACACCACGGUUGUACCAGACUGAUCCAUCUGGGACGUAUCAAGCUUGGAAGGCAAAUGCUAUAGGUCGCAGUGCCAAGACAGUUCGAGAAUUCCUUGAAAAGAACUACACUGAUGAAGCGAUUGCAACAGACAAUGACACCAUCAAGCUGGCAAUUAAGGCUUUGCUAGAAGUAGUACAGUCUGGUGGAAAAAACAUUGAACUAGCUAUAAUAAGAAGGAAUCAGCCACUCAAGCUCCUAGAUGCAAAAGAAAUAGAGCAUCUUGUCACAGAAAUUGAAAAGGAAAAGGAGGAAGAAACUGAAAAGAAGAAACAAAAGAAAACUUAACUUACAAAUAGUGAUUUUGUUGAUGCUGCAAAUUAGACAUUUAGUUAUUCAUCCAAAAUAUGACUGGUUAGCUGCAUGGUGAGAUGCAAAGUAUGAAAGACUGAAUUUUCUUUCUCCCUUUUCUUUCUCAUCCCCUCCUGUGCUAAGUGAUGUCCCUGGGGCACGAUACAGCUAGUGUUGCUUUUGGCAACAGCCCAGCAAAGAGCCCUCAUCUGAACCCCCUUUUAUGGCAUCUGAACACUCAAUCAAAAGGUGCGUUAGCCUGCUCCACUAGGGAUAUUUUUACCAAUGUGUAGCAUUACCAGGGUGCAGUAAUGUCCAAAAUUGCAAACACUUUUUUUAAUUACAAACCAUACCAGUUUGUCACUGUUGUGGAGAUAAUAUAAAUGCAAGCUCCUUUUUCAUUUGCAUCAAAUGACCUUAGUCCUAGCUGUAACGUUGAAUGAGAACUGUAACGAAAAACAAAUAUCAGGCUCUAUACAACUCAGCGUGGGAUUUGAGGCUUGGAAAAUACAUCUCCUGAAGGUUUUGAGGGUUGCUGAAUGAUGGUGGGAAAAAGUUCUGCAACACUAGUUUCUCUCGCAGUUGAGAUGUGGUGAAUGCUCAGGGAGAAAAUCAGCAAGUAUUCUUAUUCUGGACUCAGUCCAGGAAUCCCUCCUGGAGGUGCUGAAGUGUUGUGUGCUCAACAGUGACAGCUUUUCCUUGUUUGCAGUCAAACAGACUGCCAACACUCCCUGCAAAGAUGAUUGUCUUCCGUGGAUAGAUUGUUGGGGAGAGAGUUUGGUGAUUGUAUAACUAAGUGAACAGUUAAUCCUUUCAGGUAAAGAGAAUUGUGGGGUAAGAAUAGUCAAGAAAACAAAAGAAACCUUUUUUCUGUAUCACCUCCCACCCACUUCCCUAAAGAUUAAGUGGCCAGUGCAGUGAAUUUGUUUCACGGAGACAAGAUGCUCAUUGGUGUCCAGUCCCUGAUCUGUAUUAAGUGGCAAUCCCAGUGUUAGAUGGUUGCUGUGGCUGGAAAAGGUUGGAAGUAAUCCUGGGCACCUGCUUUUCCUAGGCAUCCAAUGAUGGCUGUUGAGAAUGAGUAUGAAAAUACAUGAAUGAACAGAAAGACGACCAGCAUUCACAAAGAACAGGAAAAGAAACACUACUUGGGUAAUUAUGUAGGGGGUGUUGUUGAUCUUGAACUACACACUACUCCAAAUCACCACCCUAAGUUAAAGAAGGGGAAAAGAUGGGAUGAAAGAAUUUUAUGGCAUCACAGACUUUUAAAGUGGUGUAUCAAUGAAAAAAAUGGCGGUAUUAUAUUUGUUUACAGAAGAAAUGUAUUUGCUAUCUUGGAAAGAGGUUGUAUGAAUUGCUGUUAUUUUAGUGUUAAUUAUUGAUGUGUACACUUUUGCUGUGCACACAUUGAGUGGUUACAGUUGCACGUCAGUUUAAAUAAACAUUGAAUUUUGCUUGCAG